CACCCCUCCGCCAUUGCGGGAGCUCCUCUCUCCCUCUAUUCCCCUAGACUGAGCAGACCCGUGUGCUCGCGCAGCGGCGGCCGCGCUCUAAUUGGCGGUGCUGUUGCUAGGGAGCUUGGUCCCGCCUACCGCGGCCGCCGGGCUGGGCGGGUGGCAAGGGGAAGCUGUCUGGCGGGCUGCGGGGAGCGCGGGCCUGGGCGCGCCCGCCCCGGAGCGAGAGACAAAGCGGCCGAGGCGAAGACCAGAGGUGGCCGUUCCUGCAGAGGGCGAGGUGGCUUUAAAACACCUCCAGCACCUUACUUUUACGAGUUUUGAGCCCAAGCGGAAAGGCUGCUCCGUACGCGUGAGCUGUUGCGUUUAGAGAAAAAAACCAAAAAAACUCGUGAACCGGCAAGCUUGGACCUAGCCAACCUUUUGGCUGAGGUCGACUUGUUCCAUUUCCACCCAACUCGUGAAAAAUCUCGGCCCAACUGGAACAAGCUGAGAGUUCGUAGGAUUUUUGAAUAGAGGCACUGAGCAAGUCGUCAGAUCGAUUUGGCUUGUGAUCACAUUAUGAAAUGAAUACAGAAAAUGGUCAAGUCAAAUCCGAAGCUUGCAGCCGUAAGGAGGUAUCCAUCUGUUUCACUCUGAGUCCUAGUUCCAGGAUACUGCUAAUGGCAAGAAGUGUAUCGAAGACAACAAUGGAGCGAUUUGGAGUGAAAACUACCCCUUCUCGUAACCGAUCUAAGACUGCUUUAUACGUGACUCCUCAGGAUCGUGUAACAGAAUUUGGCAGUGACUUGCAUGAAGAGGGAGGGAAACUGUUCUGCACUUCCUGCAAUGUGGUUUUGAAUCACGUUCGCAAGUCAGCAAUCAACGACCACCUCAAGUCCAAAACUCAUACAAAGCGAAAGGCAGAGUUUGAAGAGCAGAAUACAAGGAAGAAACAGAGGACUCUGACUGCUUCUCUCCAGUGCAACAGUACUUCUCAGACAGAGAAAACCAGUGUCAUCCAGGACUUUGUGAAAAUGUGCCUGGAAGCCAACAUCCCACUCGAAAAAGCUGAUCAUCCUUCAGUGCGAGCCUUCCUGUCUCGUCACGUAAAGAAUGGUAGUUCCAUACCCAAAUCAGACCAGCUAAGGAAAGCGUACCUGCCCGACGGGUAUGAAAAUGAGAACCAGCUACUCAAUACUGAAGAUCGUUGAAGUCGUCUACCUUUGCUACUGUGGAUGUGGAUUAUUAAAGUCGCAUAUUGAUGGUGUGGUUUUAUUUUUAUAUUCAUGCAUAUACGGUGUUACAUAUUGGUUUUACAGGUUAUUUUGUAUUAUUGUAGAAAUGACAAUCUAUCAUUGAACUUAAUGGUGUACCACAGACUGCUGGUAACACUACCAUAGAGUUUAGAGUCACGGUCAUGUAGAACUUGAUAAGUGUAUGCUGACUAUGUACAGUAUCAACUGUAACUAGUGCUAAGCAAGCCUCUUAGGAAUGGAGGACUUCCUUCACCUAAUCACUCUACAGCCUGACAUCUUAAUGAUACAAGAAAGAAUAAUGUAGUAUGAAUUGCCUCAUCACAGCAGAAGAGUGGAGAGUUAUAUUCAGUAUCCUAUCAGUGACCAAAAACAGUUGCUGCACAGUUAGUGCAAAAAAUUGUACAAUGGCUACUUAAAGUCUAAUAUGUCCCUGGAUGCAGAUUCUUUGAGGCUGACUUACACCUUGAAGCAUGGAGAUUUCUCUCUUCAAAAACACUUUCUUAUCUGAUUCUGUUCAAUAUAACUAUGGAUGUUUACAUUCUUAAGUAGCUAAUCAUCUCUCAAACACUGUUGAACUCAUGUCUUCAACUGCUCUCAUAAAGCAAGACGUUCCAUAGGUUUGUUAUGCACUCUUUAAAAAAAAAAAAAAAAAAGCAUUUCCUUUGCUCCAUUUAAAUUUCCUGCCUUUCUGUUUUAAUCCCUCUACUUGAAUUUACCAUUAAGUUGACAAGCUGGUAACCUAGUGCAAGGUUCUGAUGCCACCACUGUCCUGUGAAAUUUGUGCGACUAUAGUUGCUUGCAACUAAGACUAGCUUGUUGCAGUUUGUUUUCCUACAGUGACAAAAGGAGCAGAGCAUAGUGCUAAUUUAUCAGUCAGUCUGAAGGAAAAGCUGAGCUAGAACUGAUUGAUGCAUAGGCAGGAAAUGGUUUCCAGAGUCCUUGAGUGGGCAAGUUACUGAAGCUCCUGAACUUGAUAAUUUCUCUCAAUCUUGCUUAUAGUAUAUGGAGUGAGAGAGACCUUUUCUGGACAGUUACUGGGUAGACCAGAUAGCUCAAGCAGGUGAAAGAGCUCACAACAUGGAGCUACACAAGCGGUAGUAACCAACUUGGAUCACAGUUCUUAUUCCACAGGAAACUGACAGUCGCAGGAUACCAAACCCUGAAAUGUGGGAGGGUUUCAAUAAUGUGCUCCUAUGAAUUCUUUGGAGUUUAGAGAGAGACCCUAGAGAGGUAGGUAGGUAGUUACUAUACUGUACUAGAAAGACUUUGAAUGGAGGAAGAGUAUUCUGUAGAGGCAGAGAGUAUGACUACCUUUUCUCUUUGUCUCCUGUGGAACUGCUCCCUGUGAGAUGCUAAGCAUCUUUAAGCUCAGAUGAGGCCAACCUGUGGCACAGGCAGCUUCUUUCUGUAUGCAAUAGAUCAGAGGGAAUAGCCUGGCACAACAGUCGAUCAGGCGGGCAGCAGAAGGCAGAGCAGCAAAUGAGACGGAAAGGGAACUGGAAUAGCACUUGGGGAGGAUAUAGGCCUAUUUUGUGGCAUACCUGCCAAAAAGAUUUCCCCUCACUGUCUUAGCUAGUGCCAUGUGUCCUCCACUGAGAGUGGAUUUCAGUGACAAACAGGUUAUACUUUGUGCUUCUCCUUCCUCUUGGCUUUACAGAUGUUUCUGCAUUUUCCUUUUGCUGUUUUUUCUUCAAAUGUUCAAAGGAAGUUCAGCAGCAACGCUUAUGGAAUAGCAUAUUCAUUUUGUUUUUGUAGCUCUAAUUAGUGUUAAAGUAGAUAUCAUUUAAUUAGAGGGAAGCAGCAUUUUGAAACUGUUAAUGUGCAAUUGGCUCCUAGGAAGAUGAACUUCUAUGGAAAUAACCCAUUUGUCUUUUUAGAGCUAGUUUUCUGUUAUUAAAAGUAUAUUUGUGCAAUCUGACAAGUGAAAUGAAAGUGUGGCAGUGAGCCUGCCUGUUUAUUAUUACUGAGGAGUAAACUGCUGAAACUUUGAGCCCCAAUAAAGCUAGUGAGGCUCCAUAUGUUCAUAGGCGUGCUGUCCAUUUGCUGUCAAUGACUGGAUGAGGACCUCAAACAGUAGCAGCAAUCUUUCCUCUAAACUUGGAUGUCUAACUAAGCCUUCCCAAAUAUAAUUUGCUAUUGCACAUUGUUUGUUUCAGCUUGGUGGGAUAAUGCACUGUCUUGGGCUAGCACUGGUUUUGUUAAUUCAUUUAUGCCAAGGUACCACUGCCAAUUGUGUUUUCUUUCCUAGGACUGAUCAAUAGAGUUUUUUCGUGACAGCUUGGUGGCUCAAAAGGACAAUCUUUUAAGCCUUACCGUAGACAUGCAAGAGAGGAACUUGCUCCAAAAUAAGUGAGGAAAGUUGAAAUUAGUUGAAACCAACAUGGCUACAACUUACACCUUUGUUACAGGUAGCAUUCAUAGCAAAGGAUUGAAAAUACAAGUGGCCUAGACAGGCUAAGAAGAAGGAUAAGCAAGCUAGCUUUCAUUUUGCUUCUAGGCAUAAGCAAAACUGCCUACAAGAUGUCCAUUCACAGGUGACUGGCGGGGGAGGGAUGGGGGGGGAUGGGAAGGGUGAUGUGGCUCCCCCGGAUUGGCCCCCCGACACGAGACCGCUCAGGACGGGGCCUUUUUUUGCCACACGGGCUGGUGACGUAUUGAGCAGGCGGCAGGCCACUAAGCUGUGGCACAGAAGUAUAGGAGUGGAUUAUGGGGCUUUUGGCAUACAUCCAGGCCAACCCACAAAUGGUGCCACUCCAGACUCAGGAGGUGUCAGUCACCCCUGUGUCCAUUUUUUGUUUUGUUUUUUUUUCUUUUAAACAAGAAAGGGACCUUAUUGUCUUACAUCUGGACACCUGCAAACUCACAAGUUCAGGUCAAAAUGUCGCUUUUACUGCCCUGUUUGGAUGAAUUAUGAUUUCAAAAUAUGCUUUUUUGAAGCAUAAGCUACUUGCUUUUAUGUUUGAACUUAAAUGAUAGUCUGUUCCGGAAAUUCACAGAUGCGGUUAAGUUGUGUAACAGUCCCCAUGGGGUUUUCCUUUGCAAGAAAACUACAUUUUUUUCCCCAAAUACUUCCUGCAAAGACUACCGUUACACAGUGGGACAGGGUGAUAGAAGCUUCUGUUUUCCGGUUAAUUUUGGUAUGUAUGGUUCUAUUAUAGAUGCUGCCAUGAAAAGGUGGCUUUAUAACAGUUAAUAUAGCUAACCUAAAUAUAAGUCCAGAUGGGCUUUUACAAAUGUAUAUUAAAGUGGCUUUAGCUGUAAGUCAGCUAUUCUAGCAUUCCUACAUGGUUAAAAAAAGCAGAGGGGAAAAGAGUUCUUGAUGAAUAAAAGCAGGGAAAGGCAAUCUGUAUUUUCUGACCACCUGUAAAUGUAUGCACUGUUGGUUGCAGCUUUCAUAUUACUAGAAAACUUGUUUGAGUUCUUGGGCGUUUGUAGGAAUUUUGCCCCCUGUAAUUUGGCUAGCCAUGAGUCCAGGGCUGGGCAAAAUGCGGCCUGCAGGCCGGAUGUAGCCCACCAAGUCAUUCUAUCCAGCCUGCAGGGCCCCUAAAAAAUUUAGAAAAUUAAUAUUAAUCUUCCCUGGACUGCCUGUCAUGUGGCCCUCGAUGGCUUGCCAAAACUCAUUAAGCGGCUCUCUGCCCAAAAUAAUUGCCCACCCCUGCACUAGUCCCCAUGAAGGAUAAAACAUUUUGGAUAACAAAGAAGAACUUGGUUCUACAAAAUGUGGCAGACUGACUUGCUACUCUGAAAAGGACAACUUGAUUCUGAUAUACUGAAUGGGGAAGCACCCCACCCUGCUAUGUUUCAUACCAUUAUCACCUAGUUUUCAGAAAGUAACACACACUCUGGAAGCCUGGCAAGGAUGGUCUCCAUUUGUAUUUAGAUAUGUAGAAGACAAGAUUGCUUAUUGCAUUCACUUUGUACUCAUUGCUAGCAUUUAUUUGUUCAAGCAUGUAAUCUGGGCAGUCAUAGUCUUUGUAAGAUUAUAAAGUUGAGUCUAACAUUCAAAAAUAAAUUUUUAAACAAAAGUUGAUAUACCA